CCAGUCUAAUGAAGUAAGCACUUACAGAUAAUAUGUGCUAAAAAUUUAUUUUCAUUUGAUUAUCGAGCCAUGAACACGAUGUGUUCGCCAGCAAACACAAUAAGUUUUACAGUUAAUGGUGAAAAAUAUUCAGUGGGCGGUGAGGUGAGUUCAUGCACGACCUUACUGGACUAUCUCCGAAGACAUCUCGAGUUACGCGGUACUAAAUAUAUGUGUUUGGAGGGAGGAUGUGGUGCCUGUAUUGUCAAUGUCACUAAGAAGCCGGGUGAACCUUCACAGAGUAUCAAUUCGUGUAUGGUUCUUAUAACAUCAUGCGCCGAUUGGGAUAUUAAUACAAUAGAGAAAGUAGGUAACCGAAAAGACGGUUAUCAUGUGCUGCAAAAAGCUCUUGCCGAAAACAAUGGAACGCAGUGUGGUUACUGUUCACCGGGAUGGAUCAUGGCAAUGUACAGUAUUUUAAAAAACAGAAGACCUACUAUGCUUCAAAUAGAACAAUCCUUCGGGAGCAACAUUUGCAGAUGCACAGGAUAUAGACCGAUAUUGGAAACUUUUAAGCGAUUUUCAUCAGAUUCUGAAAAUCCAAUCAAUAUUUUGGAUAUUGAAGACCUAAAAUUAGAAACAUGUUCCAAGAGUGGAUCGAUUUGUUCUCAACAUCGGUGUGACGAGUUUGAAUGGUGUAUGGUGUCAAAGAAUCAUAUAUAUAAUGAAAUUCUGCAUAUUAAAUUAAGGGAUAACAGGGACUGGUAUAACGCAGGAGAUACAGAUGACAUUUUUUCUAUAUGGAAUAAAAAAGGAACAGAUUCUUAUAUGUUGAUAGCUGGUAACACAGGAAAAGGUGUAUACCCAAUAAUCGAGUAUCCAAAAGUACUUAUAAAUAUUAAUGAAAUAUCUGAACUGAGAAAAUACUAUCUAGACCAGAAUUUAGUGAUCGGGAGUUCAACGACCCUUACCGAAUUUAUGAAUAUAAUUGAAGUUGAAUCUAGCACUGAUAAUUUUUCCUAUCUUAAGAUUUUAUACGACCAUUUAAAAUUAGUAGCCAACAUUAGUAUAAGAAAUAUUGCAACUAUUGGUGGUAACCUUAUAUUGAAAAAUCGCCAUCCAGAAUUCCAGUCAGAUAUCUACUUACUUCUUGAGACAGUUGGUGCUCAGAUAACCAUUUUGACAGCUCCCGGAAGAAAGCGUACAACAACUAUGCAAUCGUUUUUGGAAGAAGAUAUGAGAGGAAAAAUAAUUAUCAACAUUUCGCUUCCACCUUUGAGUAGAGCUAAUAAAAUAGUAACGUAUAAAAUAAUGCCACGGUCACAAAAUGCAACUGCCUUUAUUAAUGCUGGAUUUCUGUACAAACUGAACAAAACUGAAACAGUGAUUGAUUGUAGAAUCGUUUAUGGAGGACUUUCACCAUCAUACAACAGGUCAACAAAAACAGAAAAAUACAUGAUUGGUAAAGAACCAUUUAAUAAUAAUACUUUGCAAGGUGCUCUGGCAAUACUGAGUAAUGAGAUUGAGGUGACAGAAAACUUACCGAUGCCGCCGGUGGCGUAUCGACGUCAAACAGCUCUGGCUUUAUUUUAUAAGGGUCUCUUAUCAUUGUGUCCACAAAGCAAAUUAAAACCGCGCUAUGCAUCCGGCUCUAUCAAGAUCCACGAAACUCGAAAAGUUUCAGAAGCUCAAUUCUUUUAUGAAACCGAUCCUUCGUUAUGGCCUCUGACCAAACCUAUACCAAGACUUAAUGGAUUGGUACAAUGUGCUGGUGAAACUAAGUAUGUGGACGAUUUGGUACAGCAACCGGGUGAAGUGUUUGCAGCUUUCGUGUUGUCUACUGUAGCCCUCGGAACUAUUGUUAAUAUAGACGCCAGCAAAGCAUUAAAGGAACCUGGAGUAGUUGCAUUUUAUACGGCGUCUGAUAUACCAGGAAGGAAUAGUUUUGUUCCUGCCGUAAAUGUUUUCAAUACGACUGAUGAAGAAUUUUUAUGUAACGGAGAAGUAAAAUAUUACAAUCAGCCUCUUGGAAUCAUCGUAGCGACCUCACAGUGUAUAGCUGAGAAGGCUGUCACUUUAGUUUCUGUCACUUACAAAAAUAUGAAGAAACCCGUGGUUGAUGUCCGAGUAGCGAAACGUGAACCAGCUAGAGUAACUUUGUUUAGAACGCAAGAAGCUACCACAAAAGGCAACGAUGUUUCAAAAGUAAUAAAGGGAGAACAAUCUAUUUACACACAGUAUCAUUUUUCAAUGGAAACAUUGGUCUGUGUGACGCUUCCAACGGAAGAUGGUUUAAGUGUAUACACUUCCACACAGUGGAUUGAUUCCGUUCAUGUUGUGAUAUCAAGAGCGCUAUUAUUAGAUCAAAACAGGAUAAAGGUUCAGGCCAGUCAUCUUGGAGGAUCCUAUGGCAUAAAAAUAUCUAGGAUUAAUCAAGUUGCUCUGGCUUGUAGUCUCGUAGCUUAUAAACAAAACCGACCUUGUCGAUUUAUUCAAAAUCUAAAUACAAAUAUGCGGGCAGUGGGAAAAAGAUUACCGUGUUCCACUACUUUCGAAGCCGGCGUAAACAACAAUGGUGUCAUACAAUAUGUUGAUUAUAAUUUUUACAGCGAUAAUGGAUAUAUUAUUAACGAGCCUUUGAUUAUGCUAGGAACCGGCAUAUUCAAUAAUGUAUAUAAACUUGAUACUUGGACCUACAAGGCCAGUAACCUUGUUACUGAUACGCCAUCAAACACCUGGUGUCGAUCUCCAGGUUCUUUGGAACAUAUCGCUAUGGCCGAACAUUUAAUAGAAAGAAUAUCAUAUGAGAUGAACUUAAAUCCUCUCGAUGUCCGUUUGGCUAACAUCGAUAAAAAUAACCACAGCGACAUCGUGGAUAUGAUUGAUAAAAUUAUAGAAAAAUCACAAUACGAAGUCAGGAAGAUUGAAAUUUCAACUUUUAAUUCACAAAAUAGAUGGAAAAAAAGAGGUCUUGGAUUGUCUCUUCUAAGGUGGGAAACAGUUGGAUCUCAAUAUCUUGAAAUAAACAUGUGCGCUUACAGUGACGAUGGCACGGUUGCUUUUUCACACGGAGGUAUAGAAAUGGGUCAGGGAAUUAAUACAAAGGCUGCCCAAGCAUGUGCAUACUUUUUAAAUAUAUCAGUUGAAAAGGUUAGAAUUCAACCAAACGACUCAUUUGUGUCACCAAACUGUUUUGCUUCUGGUGGUAGUUUUACAUCAGAAAAUAUAGUAAUAGGAAUUCGAAAAUGUUGUGAACAAUUACUAGAACGACUGGAACCAAUCAGAAAUCAAAUGACGAACCCAACAUGGGAACAAUUAAUAAAAAAAGCUUACGAAAUGGAUGUUGACUUACAAGUACAUGCUAUAGUUACCAAGAAAGAUAUUAAAACAUAUACAUUAUACGGGGUAACAUUAGCUGAAGUUGAAAUAGAUGUCUUAACAGGAGAAUGGGAGAUUAAAAGAGUUGAUUUAUGUGAAGAUGUGGGUAGAAGUGUAAAUCCAGAAUUAGAUAGAGGGCAGGUAGAAGGUGCGUUUACGCUUGGUGUUGGGUACAAUACUUGUGAGCAAAUCGUAAAUGACCCUCACACGGGUGAAGUUCUUACCAAUCGCACUUGGAAUUAUUGGGUUCCAGGUGCCACCGAUAUACCCCAAGAUAUGAGGAUAUAUUUUAGAAAACGAUCAUUUAGUUACGAAGCUAUUCUUGGAUCCAAGGCGACUGGUGAACCGGCAACAUGCAUGGGUGUUGCUGUACCUUUUGCGAUGAGAGCUGCCAUUGUAGCUUCUCGCCAAGAGUCGGGAAAACCCUACAACGAGUGGUUUCAAAUAGAUGGCGCUUGUACUGUGGAUAAAAUCGCUAUUGCUUGCUCUACCAAAGUUGAAGAGUUUCAAUUUUUGUAAAUUUAUGUCACAUAAUUUUAAUAUAUUAUGUCUUUGUUAAAUGUUUCCAAAAUAUAGAGUAAAAUAUAUUAAAGUGCUUCAG